AUGGGCCAAUCCCGACGUCCUGGUGGUGGUGAAAAGCGUAGUCGCGGUUUCGGCCGAUCCAAGGCGCAGGCCGACAUUGGAGAUGGCCGACAAUCAAAAGGCAAGCCGCAGGUGAAAAAGGCUGCCUUUGAAAGUACAAAGAAGAAGGAAAUCGGUGUCUCGGAUCUCACGUUGCUGAGCAAAGUGUCGAAUGAGGCAAUUAACGAUAACCUCAAGUUGCGAUUCGAAAACAAAGAGAUCUACACUUAUAUCGGCCAUGUGUUGGUGUCUGUCAAUCCAUUUCGAGAUCUUGGUAUCUAUACCGAUCAAGUGCUCGAAUCCUACCGAGGCAAGAACCGACUCGAAGUGCCUCCCCAUGUCUUCGCCAUUGCCGAAGCCUCAUACUACAACAUGAAUGCAUAUAAAGAUAAUCAAUGUGUGAUUAUCUCAGGAGAGUCCGGGGCCGGGAAGACAGAAGCCGCGAAAAGGUUGAUGCAGUAUAUCGCAAGUGUAUCGGGUGGCUCGGACAGUUCUAUCCAGCAAACAAAAGAUAUGGUGCUUGCGACAAAUCCGCUGUUGGAGUCCUUUGGUAAUGCCAAAACCUUGCGCAACAACAACUCGUCUCGGUUCGGUAAAUAUCUCGAACUGGAAUUCAACGGCCAAGGAGAGCCGAUUGGUGCCAAGAUCACAAAUUACCUGUUGGAGAAAACGAGAGUAGUCAGCCAGAUCACCAACGAGCGAAACUUUCAUAUUUUCUACCAACUCACCAAGGCCGCGCCGCAAGCCUAUCGAGACAACUUUGGUAUCCAGCAGCCUCAGUCAUAUCUCUACACAAGCCGUUCGAAAUGCUUUGACGUCCAGGGCAUCGAUGAUGCAUCCGAAUUUAAUGACACCCUCGAAGCGAUGAGAAUUAUCGGGUUGGCGCAAGCCGAACAAGACAAUAUCUUCCGAAUUCUUGCCGCUAUUUUGUGGCUGGGAAAUGUCCAGUUUACAGAAGACGACCAGAGCCAUGCGACAAUCACCGACCAAUCUAUUGUCGACUUUGUCGCUUAUCUGCUCGAGGUUGACUCUGCCCAAGUAAACAAGGCACUCACCAUUCGAGUUGUCGAAACUGCCCGAGGAGGCCGCAGAGGAUCCGUCUACGAAGUCCCGUUGAACCGUGUCCAGGCAAAUGCCGUGCGCGAUGCCUUGGCCAUGGGUCUUUACUUUAACCUGUUUGACUGGAUUGUGGAGCGGCUGAACAUGUCUUUGACCGCCAAAGGCGCAGUCACCAACUCGAUUGGUAUCCUUGAUAUCUACGGUUUUGAAAUCUUUGAAAAGAAUUCUUUUGAGCAAUUGUGCAUCAACUACGUCAACGAAAAGCUGCAGCAAAUUUUCAUUCAAUUGACACUCAAGGCUGAGCAGGAGGAAUACGCCCGGGAGCAGAUCCAGUGGACUCCGAUCAAAUACUUUGACAACAAGGUGGUAUGCUCGUUGAUCGAGGACAAGCGUCCACCCGGUGUGUUUGCGGCCUUGAACGACGCAUGCGCAACGGCCCACGCAGAUUCGUCAGCUGCAGACCAGACUUUUGUCGGACGACUGAACUUCCUGGGCCAGAAUCCCAACUUUGAGAACCGCCAGGGUCAGUUCAUUAUCAAGCAUUAUGCCGGUGAUGUCAGCUAUUCGGUUGAAGGAAUGACGGAUAAGAACAAGGAUCAGUUGCUGAAGGAUCUACUCAAUCUUGUGGGAUCUUCUAGCAAUGAUUUCUUGCAUGUUCUGUUCCCCAACCAAGUCAACCAGGACGACAAGCGACGACCGCCCACCGCUGGUGACAAGAUUAAAGCUUCCGCGAACGACCUUGUGACUACCUUGAUGAAAUGCCAGCCUUCGUACAUUCGGACAAUCAAACCGAACGAGAACAAGUCACCGACGGAAUACAACGGGGCCAAUGUGAUGCAUCAAAUCAAGUACCUCGGUCUGCAAGAAAACGUCCGCAUUCGUCGCGCCGGGUUUGCUUAUCGACAGACAUUUGACAAAUUUGUUGAACGGUUCUACCUCUUGUCCAAGCAUACUUCAUAUGCUGGUGACUACACUUGGACUGGGGACGCCGAGUCUGGUGCCCGCCAAAUCCUCAAGGACACUGGUAUUCCCGCUGAAGAGUACCAGAUGGGUGUGACGAAAGCCUUUAUCAAGACCCCAGAGACCUUGUUUGCUCUAGAACACAUGAGAGAUCGCUACUGGCACAACAUGGCCAUCCGCAUCCAACGGGCCUGGCGCAACUACCUGCGGUACCGUAUUGAAUGCGCGAUCAGAAUCCAGCGUUUCUGGCGUCGGGUUACUGGCGGUCUGGAAUUCAUUAAAUUUCGCGACCAAGGCCAUAAGGUGCUUCAACAUAAAAAGGAACGCCGUCGUAUGAGUUUACUUGGCUCGCGACGUUUUAUGGGAGAUUAUAUUGGCAUUGGCAAUAAGGGUGGCCCUGGUGAGGUUAUCAACAGUAGUAUUGGACUCGGUGGCUCCGAUUCUGUCAUCUUUUCCUGCCGGUGUGAGCUUUUGGUGACCAAAUUUGGUCGAUCAAGUAAACCGAUGCCUCGUAUUCUUGUCCUGACCUCCCGACACGUGUACGUGGUUGUCCAAGGGGUGGUGAACAACCAACUGUCGAUUUCUUCGGAACGGACGAUUGCAGUUGGCGCUAUCAAAUACAUCAGCACGUCAAACUUGAAGGAUGAUUGGUUCUCUAUUGUCGUUGGCGCGCAAGAACCGGAUCCUCUCCUCAGUUGUAUUUUCAAGACCGAGUUUUUCACCCACCUGUCGACCGUGCUUCGGGGCCAGUUGAACCUGAAAAUUGGUGAAACAAUCGAAUACAACAAGAAGCCCGGAAAGCUUGCAACGGUCAAAGCAGUCAAGGACUCGACCGUUGCUCGUGACGACACAUACAAGAGUAGCACCAUCCACACCGGGCCUGGCGAGCCUGCCAGCUCUGUGUCGAAACCGACUCCAAGACCAAAGCCGGUUGCUGCCAGGCCAGUUACCAAGGGUAAACUGCUGCGUCCUGGUGGUCCUGGUGGCGGCCCUUCGAAACUGAGCGGCAGUCGUCCUAACGGGUCUACUCCUCGUCCUACUCCUCGCCCUACUCCGCAGGCACUUCCUGCAGCGUCAUCUCAAACCGCUGCAGCAGUCCAACCGCGCAUCGUCCCUCAACCAGUGGCCGCCGUGGCAGCUUCGCACAAUCGCACCUCAUCGCAAGCCUCUGUCCGAGCGCCGCCUCCACCACCGCCGCCGGCAGCUGCUCCGGCCGCUCCCCAGAAGCCCAGUGCCAAGGUCUUGUAUGAUUUCUCUAGCGAGCGCUCUAACGAGCUCGAAAUUCGCGCAGGCGAGGUGGUGCAGAUUGUAUCAAAGGAAGGAAACGGAUGGUGGUUGUGCAUGAACACCACAACCUCGGCCCAGGGAUGGACUCCCGAAGCGUAUCUUGAAGAAAUCGUCGCUGCAGCCCCCAAACCAGCUCCCCCUCCCCCUCCACCAGCCGCCAAAGCAGCGACAAAUGGCACGAUAGCUACAGCUGCUGCUGCAAAAGCCAAGCCUGCUCCUCCGGCGCCUCCUGCGAAACGACCGAUUGCUGGUGGACGCAAACCGCUCGCACCGCCUACGCGAGACAGCGCAGUGAGCGUCAACUCGCAAGACUCGUCUGGAGCUAGCGGCCGAGGCACGCCCAACAGCAGCUCGAAUGCCAGCCUGGCAGGGGGAUUGGCCGAGGCUCUGAGGCAAAGACAGAGUGCUAUGCGGCCGGCACAACACGACGACGACGACUGGUGA